CCUAGUAGUAUCUCUCUCUUUUUAAGGGUUGCAUUCCUUUUGGGUGUUUUGUGCUGCCUAAAACUGUAGUAUUACGAAAAGGUGUAUGAAUGCAAUGUGUUUUGUAUAAAAAGUACGUAAUAAUUUGUUUUGAGUAAUAUUGACGUUUUUAAUUACUAACGAUUCUUUAUUAUAAAAAUUGUGCAGAAUGAGUUACGGGCGGCCUCCCCCUGAUGUUGAGGGGAUGACAUCGUUAAAGGUUGAUAACUUAACGUACCGCACUUCGCCAGAGACUCUACGUCGAGUUUUUGAAAAAUAUGGACGGGUCGGGGACGUAUAUAUUCCACGUGACAGGUAUUCUAAAGAAAGUCGUGGCUUUGCUUUUGUUCGCUUCCUCGACAAAAGAGAUGCUGAAGAUGCGAUGGAUGCCAUGGAUGGUGCCGUUUUAGAUGGACGUGAGUUGCGAGUGCAGAUGGCGCGCUAUGGUCGUCCGCCUGACUCUCUUCGACGAGGGCCGCCACCUAGGCGUUAUGGCGGCGGAGGAGGAGGUGGUGGUGGCGGUGGUGGUGGAGGGGCUUAUGGACGGCGAAGUAGAAGCCCUAGGAGACGAAGACGCAGUCGAACUAGGAGUAGAAGUCGGUCCAGAUCCCGAAGCAGAUCACGCUACAGCAGGUCUAGAUCACGCUCUUACACGCGUUCUCGAUCCCGAUCAAAGUCAAGAUCCGCGAGAUCUGCAAGAAGAACCAAGUCAAAAUCCAAGUCUCCAUCAAGAUCUCCAUCAAGGUCAAGAUCCCAGUCUCGUUCAAGGUCCCACAGUCCAACUCCAAUAUCCAAGAGAGAGUCUAAGUCGAGAUCGAGGUCAAAGAGUCAGCCCAAGUCUCCUGAAGAUGAAGAAGGGGUUGUAUCUUCAUAAUACUAAUGACAUCGGAUGUGUGAAGAUUUUACUCUAAUGGACAUCCUGAGGAAAAAUGUCUCAUCCUCUGAACACACAAGGAACCCAUUGGGGGACAUGGCAGUUCAAAAGGUUAUUAUUGUAAACUUGUCUAUAAACUCUUACAUUUUUUAUUUGUACUUUUUGUUUGACUAAUCUGUGCCUGAAGUGGCAGAUUUGUGUGCCAUUUUGUAUUCCCAUCUUGUAAUUCAGUCAUGUGCGCAAACGGGUUCCAUUGAUUGCUUGGACAUUUCUCGUGUCAACAGUGCUGUUUUAAGUGGUUGACCCCGCAGCUGUCUACCUUUUUUAGAAUUAAGAUCAUUGCAGUUUACUUUUCCUGCAAGAUUUAUACAUUAAACUUUUUUUUAUUAAAAGUCUGCUGUAACCAAGGAUUCUAGUUAAAAGUUUUAUUAAACCUUUAUUUGAUAACCAAGAUUUCUAGUUUUAUUUUGGGGUCUGUAGAAGGAAACACGGCACUGGUUAUAUAUGAAUGAAACUUUGUUGAAUCUUGUAAACACGUUUACCAGCUUGAGAUUCUAAUCUUUUUUCUUGUGUAUUUUUGUGCACUAGGCGCAGUUGUGUAGCAGUUGAGUAAUGCUGGUUAGCUGUUAAGGUGGCGUGUUGCAGUGCAGAGUGCUUGGCUGUUUCCUGUUUUCUCCUGAUUGCUCCUGUGUAAAGAUGCCUUGGCGUGCAGAAACAAAAUGGCUGGUCCAGUUUUUUAAAUGCAGUGCCUGUCAACUGCACUUCCAGACACCAGAGCCAUGUAAUAAAAUUAAUGGAGCAGGCAGUGAGCACAUCUAGCUGAUACCAUACACACCUUAUUUUCAUAAUGGUCAACUGGUAAUCUCUUUAAAGAACUUACAAUGAGAAAUGUUAGUUUUUGUGCAUUCCUGUGUAAUUACUGAAUGGUGUAAUUACUGAAUGGUGUAACUUCAUAAUUACUCAUUCUGUAUCAUAACCACUGUAUUGAUGCAAAUAAAGUGCUUAGUGUAACUUUGUUAA